AUGGAGGAAUACGACCUCCUCAUCGUCGCCGACGCGACGGCGUCCAUGGGUGGGUACUUGACCUCCCUCAACACAUCGCUCCCUCAAAUCAUCUCCAUCUCCGCGAUCACCGGAUGCUUCUCUCGCAUCGGAAUAAUCGCCUAUCGAGACUACAUCGACUUUAGCUGCAUCGAGUGGUCCGAAUGGCUCCAUCUCGCGCCGGCUGACGAGACUACACAGCAACCAAACCUCAUAUCCUUUGCCACGAGACUCACACCUAGCGGCGGCGGAGACUAUCCAGAAGCAGCAAAAACUGGCCUCGCAAAGGCGCAUUCUGUGAUGCGAUCCGAUGCGAAAACGGUCAUACUCCUCUACACCGACGCGCCUCCUCACGGAACAAUCCCGAAACCCGACAUCAACACCAACGCUGGAGCUGAGCAAGAAGCGUUAUCGAAGCCAGAAUCCUUCGAUGGCCAUGGACCGCGAUUCCUGGAUUGGGUAUCAGCCGCCAAGACGCUGAGCAGCGAUGAGAAGCAGGCCCAGGUUUUUGCUCUCCUCGAACGAAACAUGCGUGAAGCUGCUACAGCGUACUAUACUUACCUAUGCUCAAUGACCGACGGUGCCUGCAUCCGCCUGAAUGAUUCCAAGCCGCAGACGGUAUCGAAGGGUACUGUCGAUCUGCUCCUAUCGUGGAUGGGUGUGCAGAAAAUGACGGCCGGCUCGGCCACGGAGGCAAUCCCUGGGCAUCUCUUGCGCUAUGAUUCAACCGACGGUAUUAGAGAUCUCAAGGAUGAGGGAGAUCCGAGUACUCAGAACUUCUUUCCGGUUCCCUACACGCGAGGGCCCAUAGACAACAUGGAUUCGAUAGAGCUAACGCCAGAUGUUGUCAUCCAUGAACUACCAAAGAAGUCGACUCCUGCCGAAGAUCCCACGCGACGGUGGGCGAACGAUUCCGCGUACAGAAACACUGCGUCACAGCAUUUGAUGAGGAUUAUCGAAGAGGAUCUUCGAGCAAUAGCGAUCAACCCGGUUUUCGGAGCUCUGUGGAGAGCCGUCUGCAGCGACAGAACAUAUGCGGGACGAGACGGCUUGGUCAAUGCAUUCAGCCAGGCGGUGGAAAGGAUACGGGAUCCAACCGAGAAAGCAAUGAUGAAUGAAUGGCUCCUGGAAUCAUACAAUUUCUCGGCUCAAGUUCAGGCGAUUAUCGACCAAGUUCCGGAGGCAGAGAGGUUCCCUUGCGUGUUCCUCGAUCCGACCAUCGACUUUGAAUUAGUGAAUACAGAGGACGAUGUUGGUUCGCUCAAGAGCCUCACCCGGUUUGAGCUUCUCGAAAUUACGCGAUCUUGUGAUUCUCGAAUCCUGCGCCGGCUUGGACGCGUCCUCACAAGACUCACGUAUGUCAAGGACGCCACACAGAUGCCAGCACAUAUUGCAAACUCGAGCGACGAGCAGGUUGCAGCGAUACCAUUGGCUUUGUCGAAGAAAGAAUAUGGACGGCACUUCUGGAAAAUACUACUUCACACGAUAGUGGUCGGAACGCAGUUGACUCCGCGAGGGGCCGCAGUUCUCGCUGCUUUAAGCAUCCGCUUAGGCAUUGCCUUCUUCACCGGUAUCGCCGAAAAUGAGAUGCUCAGCUACAAGAGCAAGUGGAAUAACGUUGAGAUACCAGAGACGUGGGCGAUCGGCUGUUUGACGCUUCUCCUUGACGCCGACGAGGCAUACAGAAAAACACGGAGGGACACGAAUGGCGAUGACAGUGCAGUAGAGAAACCAUUGAGCCUGCUCAAAGACUCUGACGCGCGUCUCUUUGAGCAACUUGUAGCAUUCAAAACUCUCGAGCAUAAUCUGGACACUCCACUCAAUGCCCGUGUGCCAUGGACGCCAGAUAAGGCGAUAUCAAGCAUCGGCCCGUUGGCAAAAUGCGAGCAAUGUCAAUACCUCCGGUCGGUGAGCAUGAUGGGAGAAAAUGGCAAGUGCGGCAUUUGUCUCAAGCCAGAAUUGACGGCAGAGCAGUACGGCAGACUUGUCAAGCUCCGGGUUUCUCAAGAGAUUGAUUCUCGCUCGGACGCAGCCUGGGUAGAGUGCAAUGUCCCAUCCUGCAGGGCACAGUACGUGGUAUAUGAUGUGGAUGGGCUUCGAGUUCGCCCAAAGUGCUACUACUGCAGGCACCAAGGGUUGGGCGCCGACACAGCCCGAGGUACCGUAGCGCCGAUUGUCGAGUGUACCAGGUGUGCCAACCGAAUGAUAUGGCCAGACGCAUAUCGGCCAGAAUCCUUCAAUGCCGCCGAAUUCGUCUGCCCGCCUUGUGUGUCGGGACGCGAGACGACUACCGACCUCGAGACAUCUGCAAGAGCCCUCGCGGCGGAAAACACCUUGGCCUGGCUGGUACGAGAUUCGGAGAAGCCGAGGGUGUCGCCCUUCACAAACAGAUCUGUAUACCACACUGUCUCCACCAUGGGAACUGAAGGAUUCCAGCGCCGUAUCACGCUCUUCCCCAAGAUCGAGAAACCACUGACACAGCGUGGGAAGCCGAUCCAAAACACCGAAGGGAUGGUAUCAACCCUCAAAGAUCUCGUGGCCAAGCGCAGGUCCGCGAAAGCCGACUGUUCCCUUUGUUUCUCUUCAUUCCGGCCCUCCACCCUGAAUCCCGCCUGCGGCCGGAAAGGCUGCCUUCAACGUAUUUGCACGAGCUGCUCGAACGGAUGGUACGGCAGCAACACAGCUGGCUGCAUAAUCAACACGGCCGCCCUCGCUUGUCCCUUCUGUCGACGGCUCCCGGCCCCACAGACCCUUUCAAAGUAUGGCAACGGUAUUCACGGCGUCAAGGAUUUGAAUCGUGCGAUCGAGAACCACGGCUCGUGGAUAUACGCUUGGUGUUCAGUGUGCGCGUCGGCGAAGGAGUUUGUCGGGCGGGAUUGUGCGCGUGGGCAGCCGCCAGAGCUCCGCGGCUGGAGAUGCGAGAGCUGUGUCGAGGAGCUGGAACGAGCGGCUAGCGAAACGGGGUAUGAGCGAGACCUGAAAAUCAAGCCCUGUCCGAAAUGCGGAACCAUGACAGAGAAGAUCUCAGGAUGUGGGCAUAUAACGUGCCCGGUCGACGGGUGUGGCACAGACUGGUGUUAUUUCUGUGGGAAGGAGGAAGACGACAUUUAUGAUCAUAUGACGAAUGCGCACGGCGGAAUUUAUGAUAAUGGAGAUGAGGAAGAGGUUCCGGAGUAUGAUUUUACUGACCAGAUCUAG